UCUUCCUGAUUGGUUGAGUUCACAUUGCUGCUGAUGUGGUCUUCUGAAGUUACCGUAGCUGUUUCUCCGUCUCACGGCGAUUUAUUUUGAUAUCAUAUUGAUUUAACGUAAUCAUUAAUCAUCAUAAAUAAUGCCUUACUUUCAAACUUGGGAGGAGUUUGCUUGUGCGGCGGAAAAACUGUAUCUAACAGACCCCAUGAAGGCCAGAGUGGUCAUCAAGUACAGACACUGCGACGGAAACAUCCGCAUCAAAGUGACUGACAACGCUGUGUGUUUACAGUACAAGACAGACCAGGCCCAGGAUGUGAAGAAGAUCGAGAAGCUGCACGGAAAAUUGAUGAGACUGAUGGUGUCCAAGGAGACGCACAGUGGCGCUAUGGAGACGGACUAAAGCGCUCUUGAGGAAAACACGGAUAGGACUGAAGUUCACGGUGGCGGCGGAGGUGUUUGCUGCGAGUGCAGAACCACCAGAUUGAUGGGGAGUGAAGAUGGUGGAGAUCCGAAUGUGUACACGCUUUCGAUUACAGUCAGAGAUGUGCUAUUUAUAUACGCUGUACAUCAUUCUCAGGAGGUUUUUAAAUACACUCAUCCUGCUUCUCCGCCGUCACAUCUCUGAUCGGGUUUAAAAAAUCUAAAGUCAAAUCAAAGUCUCUGAGGGAAGAUGGGUCAAAUGUACGAAAUGGACAAACAUGCUGCUGGUUUCCUUUGGAAGACCUCCAUUGUUUUCAUUUUCAAGUGAGGUGAAAAAAGAUGAGCAUUCAAGUAUUUUAUUUGGACCCAUCUCUCACUUAAUUUUUUUUUUUCUUUUCUGGACAUGUCCGACAUAACUUGAAGCAGGACCUUCUUAUUUUCUAACAGCUGAACGACUUUAAUACCAUGAGUUGAAAACAGUUAUGUAUUCAAUAAAUAUUUACUCCAGUACAUAGUUUUUUGUGGUGCUGAUAAUCUAUACACUGUUAUAUUUCAUUUUUUUCACAUUUGUCACUAUUUAGAAAUGAGCUAGUUUACCUGACAUGGGAUAGCCACGCUGAGGGACGUAUUUCGCCGACGUUGCCCGAGUGUUGCCGAAUAAACCGGAAGCUUCGCUUCUCCCGAAAAAAAACGAGAGGAAACUGAAAGAAGGGCAAAAUAACGUUUUCACGUGACGAAAACUAACUUGUAAAAACAUCAUCAUUGCUGACUUGUCAUGGUUUGAAAAAAACACCCAGAGUAACAAUACAGCUCGAAUAUAUAUACAUAGUGUGGACUACACUUUCACACUAGACCACUAUCCGGUUUGUUUACACUUAGCAUUUGCACUUAGCAUUACGUUUUAAUUCACAUACUUGUGAUUGUUUUGGGGAAACAAUGAGGUCAGGUCUUUUGGACUGUAUAUUCCAGUAAUUAAUAGCUGAACAGUGAGAUUAACAUGGCACACUGCUCAUACAAACAAUG